GUCAUCCGGAGACGUUUUGUUUUUGAAUGUUUACGUUUUACCGGAAAACCUGUUGAGCGUUGUUUGAGUCAAUUUUCGUUUAAAAUAUGGAAAAUUCAGCGGAUCGGUGUUCGUUGCAGGAUAUUUUGGACUUUGGAAACAAUGAUGAUGAUUCGUUUCGGAUAACUCUGCAGUCCAAUGUACAGAAUUUGCAUCAAAUUUGUCGACAGUUGACGGAAAUGAUGCGACAUCAGUCCAAACAGACAGAAAAUAAGACUUUUCUGAAGCAUGAUGAGGUCGAAAGUAUUAAAGAGUUCCAAAAACAGUCGUCGGAGUAUUUGGUUGCCAUUGCCGAACUGCUUGGCGAGAAGAAAAAAUCUAAUAAGAAUGUCGUUGGAUUGAAUAAUGCAAGAAAUCUUAAAUCCGAGAUGAUUCGAUUAUUGAACACAGCAAAAGCCGAGCUCAAAGUUACCGAUGAUGUGAUGAAAGCCCUUGAAAAGAUGCAAAAAGAAUGGGAAAUGUUGGAUUUGGAUUAACCCCAUUCGGUUUUCAAGUCACUUUCUUCUAAUUUUUCCAUUUUCCAUUCCUUCGUCGAAGGCGGCAUUUCUGAAUAAAGUUCUUUGCUAAUUUUA